ACGGAAACUGCUCGCUCCUCUUCCCAUCAAGGACGGGGAAGACUGAUUAAUUUAAUUUUUAUCUGCUCAAAGUGCUGCGUCGCGCCAGCGUUAUUCCAGAAAACGUUGCCAAGUGGAAAUCUGCAGACUCAAGUUUCCUGCUCUGUCAGCUGUCUUCUCCCAGCGACCGGAAAUCCAGGCUGUUCAGGAUACAGGAUCAACUCAGAAAUUGUAAAUUAGAAACAAGUUCCAAGAGUAUUUCAGAAUGGGAGAAUGAAAGUAUGCUCUCAUGCCCUGAGUGUUACAGUAAUGAAGGUCACACAGUUAAAAUGUCUGAUCUGGAAAAGGCCAUGAUUGCCAUCAUUGAAGCUUUUCACCAGUAUUCAGGAAAAGAGGGAGACAAACACAAGCUGAAGAAAUCUGAAUUAAAAGAGCUCAUUAACAAUGAACUCCCUCAUUUUUUAGGCGAAAUCAAGGAUCAGGAGACAGUGGACAAAGUGAUGGAGACGCUGGAUUGUGACGGUGAUGCAGAAUGUGACUUCCAGGAAUUUGUAGCCUUCAUUGCUAUGGUCACCUCAGCUUGUCAUGAAUUCUUUGAACAUGAGUGAAUCAUCAGAGAAGCAGCCAAUAACUUACUGUGUGCUAUGUAAAGAUAAAAGGGAGAAACAAUGUGAAUUCUAAUUGAGAGAGCCUGAGAGAGCUUUAGGGGCUACUAGGAUUUAAAGUCUGCUAGGCCUAAGUAGCUUAUUAAGUUAAGUAUGCUUUAUGAAUGGAAACACGUAUGUCUCUUUAAAGAUUGUUUGCUGAUGCCAGCCUAGCUCUCAUACAGUAUUUGUAUGCCUUGCCUAUAACUAGAAUGCAUAGCAUCCUCCUGCUAUAUGGCUAGAUAGGUGCACAACUUCAGAGGCAACUAGUUAGAUCCUCCAAAGUGUCCACAUUUUAUUGUAAAAGCAAGAAAAAGGAGAUCAACUGGUAGGUGAUAUAAAGGAACUGGAGAACAUAAGUCUGAUCCAAAAUCCAUUGAACAGAAUGAAAAUACUCCAAUGGACUUCAAUUAGCUCUGCAUCAGGAACAAUGUAUAA